GACAUACAGAAUGACAACCAUUUUGUGGUUACAGAUUACAUAGAAGAGUGUGCCAAGAGCUCUCCUGUAGAUUAUUUCUGGUACAGAGAAACAUUAAACAUCUCCGCUUCCAUUAACGAUUCAGGCACUAUACAGUGGUGGCUUUUGUUAUGUUUAACAUGCGCAUGGGGUGUACUGUAUGUGUGCACAAUCAGAGGCAUCGAAACAACAGGAAAGGCCGUGUAUGUCACAUCAACUCUUCCAUACCUUGUGCUUACCAUUUUUCUAAUCCGUGGCUUGACGCUGAAAGGAUCAACGAGUGGAAUUGUGUAUCUCUUCACCCCUAAUGUUACCGAGCUGGCUAACCCAGUGACGUGGCUGGAUGCAGGUGCUCAGGUGUUUUACUCUUUCUCCCUAGCCUUUGGAGGCCUCAUUUCAUUCUCCAGUUACAACUCUGUUCACAAUAACUGUGAGAAAGAUGCUCUGAUUAUCUCAGUGAUCAACGGUUUCACGUCCGUCUAUGCAGCAACUGUCAUAUACUCCAUCAUUGGAUUCAGAGCCACAGAAAGAUAUGAUGACUGUUUUGACAAAAAUAUUCUUACUCUGAUGAAUGCAUUUGAUUUGCCAGAGGGUAAUGUAACCCAAGAUAACUUUGAACAAAUGCAGGAGCUAUGUAACAUGACUGAUCCAACAAUUUUUGCUAGCCUGAAGUUUGAAUCCUGUAAUCUGGAAAGUUUCCUGAAUGACGGAGUUGAAGGAACUGGUCUAGCCUUUAUUGUCUUCACUGAAGCUAUCACCAAAAUGCCUGUCUCACCUUUGUGGUCCAUUCUCUUCUUCAUCAUGCUCUUCUGCUUGGGUUUGUCGUCUAUGUUUGGAAAUAUGGAAGGUGUGCUUGUACCUUUACAAGAUCUUAAGAUGAUACCCCCCAAAGUGCCUAAGGAACUUGUUACUGGUCUCAUUUGUCUGGGGUCUUACUUGAUAGCUUUUAUUUUUGUGCUGAAGUCUGGUAAUUACUGGCUGGCUCUAUUUGACAGUUUUGCUGGCUCUAUUCCCUUGCUAAUAAUUGCAUUUUUUGAGAUGUUUUCAGUCGUCUACAUUUAUGGAAUAGACAGGUUUAACAAGGAUAUUGAAUUCAUGAUUGGACACAAGCCAAAUAUUUUCUGGCAGGUUACCUGGAGAUUUAUCAGUCCUCUCAUUAUGUUAGUUAUCUUCUUCUUUUAUUUUGUGGUGAAAGUCAAUGAAGAACUGCUCUACAGCGUUUGGGACCCUAGCUAUGCGGCGUUCCCCAAAACACAGAAGACUGAAUAUCCCAAUUGGGUGUAUGCUAUUAUUGUAGUGCUCGCUGGAGUGCCUAGUUUGGCCAUCCCUGUUUUUGCCAUCUACAAAGCCAUCAGAAAUUGCUAUCAGAAAAAAAAUGAUCGUGCAGGCCUUAUGAUCUCGACAUCUGAGACUUCUGUUAAUGGAAACUUAAAGUAUUCAGCAUAAAACCAUUUAAAAAAUGUGGAAGAAUGC